AUGGCGGAGGGCUCGGAAACAAUGUACUUUGAUCUACGAACUGUUCACGAUCACUUCAACCGAUCACUCAUCCAAGAAGAUGACAUAGACAUCGAGGCCUACCUCGAGGCCUACAACGAGCUCUACAAAUUCUUUCAGCUGAUGGGCAGCGUAUUCAGUUUCGUCUCCUCAGAUCUUAAGCAAAAAAUCGAAAUAUUACAGGUCAGAGUGGCCGAGGACAGCGAAAACUAUGUGACAAUGAAAAAGAUGAUCGAAUACGAGAAAGCUAGUAAACUGCUCGAGAGAAACGGCUUCGUAAAUGGAGCAAGAACAUUGCUUCGAUUGCACCGUGGCCUUGACUUUAUUCUGGAAUUUCUGAGGCAACUGGGCGAGCUCUCGAGUACUGACAACACCUCGGCUAGUUGUCAAGAUGCUUACAAUAAGACAUUGGCCAAGCAUCAUUCGUGGAUUGUUCGAAAGGCUGCUGUCUAUGCUAUGUAUACUAUGCCCACCAGAGAAACGUUGUUCAAGAGGGUUUGCGGAGACGAAGUACAAAGGAAUAUCGACAUACUGCCGAAAAUGUUGGAAGUGACUGCCGACGUCAUAACUAGGACUCAAUCUGUUUUUGAAAUACACGAACUCACCGGACUCCCUUAA